AUGUGUCCUAUGUGGAUUACAAGCGCUUUAUUAGCGCUUAGCGCUGUUUUACCGGUAUGGAGUGCUUCGCUGUCAGCAACCACAGGAACUCGAUACCAAGCUCCAGACGAAUGUCGAUGGACAACUGACGAGGAAGACGCUGGAGUUGCGUUACAGUGUAGAUUAAGAACUAUAAAUAGUGAAUUAGAAAAUACUAACUUUAGUGCUAUUCAACCACAUCUUACUGUCCGUUUACGACUGGAGUGUAGUGAUGCGCUCUUUUUCCAAAGCUCUCUUGCACCGGCUAGUUUUCGUCAGUUAGUGGAAUUGAGAGAACUUACGAUUGAAUAUUGUAAAAUAGGCAAUCUCUCUGAUGGUGCCUUCACUGGCCUUCGUGAAUUAAGAAAUUUGACUAUAAGAACACAUAAUACAGACUGGUCUUCAAUGUCGCUAGAAAUAACGCCAACAGCCUUUUCCAGAGAUGUUCAAAAUUUGGAGCGCCUGGAUUUAAGCGAAAAUAAUAUGUUGUCGUUUCCUGAGGGAUCUCUAUGCUCUUUAAGAAAUCUUGAAUAUUUAAAUAUGACUGGUAACAGAAUGAGAGAUGUGAGCCAUUUUCAAUUUUCAACUGCACAUCGUCAUCCGAAUGAAAAAUGUGGGGAAAAUAUUUUAGUCUUAGACUUAUCUAAAAAUGUAAUUGAUACAUUACCACCAGGACUGCUUUCGGGAUUAAGACGACUACAAAAAUUCUAUCUUCAAGGAAAUGGGCUGAACUCUGUAGCAGACAGGGCUUUGGAAGGACUGAUAUCAUUGACAAAAAUAAGAUUUUCGGAUAAUCAACUUACUAGUUUACCUCCGGAGCUAUUUAGCGAUACUAAGGAAUUAAAAGAAAUUUAUCUCAACAAUAACACAAUUACAGUACUUGCUCCAGGAUUAUUUAGUGAUCUUUUACAACUUUUAGUCUUAGAUCUGUCAUAUAAUGAAUUGACAUCUGAUUGGAUAAAUACUUCUACAUUUUCGGGUCUGAAACGACUUGUUUACUUGGAUAUAUCACACAACAGAGUGUCAAAAAUGGAAAUAGCAUUGUUUAGAGAUCUGCAUAACCUUCAGAUUCUCAAAUUGCAAGAUAAUUUUAUUGAACACAUACCUGAAAACGUGUUUAUUUCCCUUCAGAAUCUACAUACUUUGAUAUUAUCUAAUAACAGGCUGACAAAUAUUGAAAGCUACGCUUUUAUCGGUUUACCUGUUUUAUCUGUAUUGUCAAUUGACAGUAACCGCAUUUCAAAGAUACAUCCACAUGCUCUACGUAAUUGUACCUCCUUACAAGAUUUACAUAUAAAUGUUAAUAGACUGGAUGAAGUUCCUAUAGCAUUAAAAGAAAUACCUCAAUUGAAGACUUUAGAUUUAGGAGAGAAUUUAAUCGUCAGUAUAGAAAAUGCAUCUUUUAUGACAAUGCAACAAAUGUACGGGUUAAGAUUAACCGAAAACAACAUUGGCAACAUAAGCAAAGGUGUUUUUGAUAAAAUGACUUCACUUAAAAUUUUAAACCUGUCCAGAAAUAAAAUUCAUAAGAUUGAAUCAGGAGCUUUUGACAAUAACAUAAAUUUACAAGCUAUAAGAUUAGAUGGGAACUACUUGACCGAUAUAGGCGGUCUUUUUGCAAAAUUACCCAAUCUUGUAUGGCUGAACAUUUCCGAUAACCGACUUGAAUGGUUUGACUACGCUAUGAUUCCAACAGGAUUACAGUGGCUGGACAUUCAUGCCAACCGAAUUGCUGAACUUGGAAAUUACUUUGAAAUUGAAUCUCAACUUUCUCUUAGCACGUUUGAUGCCAGUUCUAAUAGACUUUCAGAAAUAACAGGAAGUGCGAUACCUAAUUCAGUAGAAAUGUUGUACUUGAACGAUAAUUUAAUCUCAAAAGUACAGUCUUAUACAUUUUUCAAGAAGCCUAAUCUGACAAGAGUAGAUUUAUAUGGAAAUAAAAUAACAAGUUUAGACCCUAACUCUCUUAGAAUAUCAGCUGUGCCACAGGAUAAAUCUGUACCCGAGUUUUUCAUUGGCGGGAACCCAUUAGAAUGUGAUUGUACAAUGGAAUGGUUACAAAAAAUAAAUACUGGAAACAGAGCAAGGACACAGCCUAAGUUAAUGGACUUGGACAGCAUAUAUUGCAAAUUACUUUAUAAUCGUGGAAACUCAUAUGUGCCUUUAGUUGAAGCAGCAUCACACCAAUUUCUUUGUAAAUAUGACUUUCAUUGCUUCGCACUAUGCCAUUGUUGUGAUUUUGAUGCGUGUGAUUGCGAAAUGACUUGCCCAAAUAACUGCACUUGUUACCAUGAUCAGUCAUGGUCCGCUAAUGUUGUAGAAUGUUCUAACUCGGGAUACGUUAACUCACUGCCAGAAAGAAUACCCAUGGAAGCCACUCAGUUAUACCUCGACGGUAAUGAUAUUAAAAUGCUACCAAGUCAUGCAUUUAUUGGUAGAAAACGCCUUAAAGUUUUAUAUUUAAAUUCAUCACACAUUGAAACUAUUCACAACAGAACGUUCAAUGGAUUAAAAGAACUGGAAGUUUUACAUCUUGACUUCAACUUAUUAACAAUCGUCGAAGGACAAGAAUUUGAUGGAUUGGAUAAUUUAAAAGAACUUUAUCUUAAUAAUAAUAAAAUAAAAACAAUUGGUAAGGAUAUGUUUAAUCACAUGGCAAAAUUAAAAAUAUUAUACCUCUCACAUAACAGACUGGUAUCACUAACUGUCUGGCAAAUAAAUCCCGCUAUAACCUCCAUUACGCUUUCGUUUAACCCUUGGUCUUGCGAUUGCGAAUACACAGAAAUAUUCCGUGAAUGGACAAAACGAGUAUCCUCAAGUAUCAUGGAUCUAUCGAACGUUCGGUGCAUUUAUACUAAAACGAACAACACAGAUAUUGCAGUGCAUAACGAAAGCAUAUAUGAUGAUCCAAACUCAGGAUUUAAAAUAAUAGAAGAAAAUGGUACUAUAUGUACUGGAUUACCAAGUAUUGAUAAUAGUAUCAACGGCAACUUAACAGCAACAAAAACAAUUAUAACCAAUGAAGAUGUUCCUGAUUACAUUCCAUUUCUUCUAGCGACUGCAGGGGCUUCUCUAUUUCUCAUUAUAACCGUUAUAGUUAUUUUUAAAUACAGACAAGAAUUGCGAGUGUGGGUUCAUUCGAAAUUUGGAGUACGGUUAUUUUAUACUAACGUAGACCGUGAAGAAAAUCUAUUCGAUGCAUUCGUAAGCUAUAGUUCCAAAGAUGAAGCAUGGGUGACUGAUAAACUUGCCCUGGUACUAGAGUCAGGCAAUCCACAAUACAAAUUAUAUCUGCAUUAUCGUGAUUUACCAGGCGGCGGUUAUAUAACACCACAAAGUAUAAUUCAAGCAGUGGAAUCUUCACGUCGUACUAUUAUGGUGCUCAGUGAAAAUUUUAUGAAUUCAGAAUGGAAUCAUGUUGAAUUUAAAUCAGCAUAUCUUCAACUUUUAAGAGACCGCCGGAAAAGGCUUAUCGUGAUCCGGAAGGAUAAUAUACCGUUGAAGCAACUAGAUACUGAAAUUAGAUUGUACCUUAAAAGUAACACUUAUUUAAAUUGGGGUGAAAAUUUGUUCUGGGAAAAACUAAAAUUUGCUUUGCCAGAUGUUUCUGAUAAACAAAGGUGCCGGAGUAUGCCGAGUCCGGGCCCAGGUGCCGUGCCGGUGCAUAGACCACAUUUACCAAGAAACCAUCUAGGGGCAUUGCCUCCGCCACCUCAUGGUCCCCAUCAAAUGUUACCCCCUCACCCGUCACACGCUCAAUUUCCACCAAGAGCGUCCCCACGGAAUCUUUCCGCCCAUGUGUAG